CCCCUCUCUCCCAGUCUUCCUUUGCCUCUCUCAUUCUCCCUCUCUCACUGAUUUUUUUUUCCUCCUUUGCCUUUCCCAACAUCACCCUACUCAGAUGGCGUGUGUUGCUGCUGCGGCUGCUGGGCUGUCUGGGAUUUAACAAGCACUGAGAGGCGCCCCGGCCCGUCCGAGCAUUUGCUGUUUAUCCCCACUGCCUCUCCUUCCUGUGUCCUCCAGUCCUGCUGCAUCCCCCCCGCACCCGACCUCCCUGUGUCUGGGAGUUGGGCCCUUGGGGGGGGGGAGGGAAUGAACAUCGUGCUCGGCUGGGGAGCAGAAUUAGCUAUGCCCUGCCUCGGCAUCCUUUGACCAGUCGGAUCUCCUUCCCUCCUUGGCUGUACAUCUUCGUAGGAUGAAAAUCUGGAACCAUGAUGCAAGGACUGAAAAAACGCACCAGGAAAGCCCUGGGCUUACGAAAGAAAGACAAGGAGACAGACACCACGAGCUCACCUGACAAAGAAGGGAGCGGCAGUGGCAAGAAAGGAAGCAAAAAGACCAAUGGUGCUCCAAAUGGCUUCUAUGGGGAAAUUGACUGGGACAGAUAUGCGUCUCCUGAUGUGGACGAGGAAGGUUUCAGCCUGCGUCCCGGUGAUGAGGGUGAUACGCCUUCCAAAGGGAAACACUUCUUCUCCUCCAGCGAUUCGGAGGAAGACGAGGAGAGCCGGAAAAAAUUCAAAAUCAAAAUCAAACCCCUGGUGUCGGACACAUCACGGUGUGUCCCUCCAUCCAUGGACGAGUUGAAAGCCUCUGUCGGAGGUUUGGCUCUCUCUCCGUCUCUGAGGAGGAGUCCGAGACGCAGCCCGGGUCAGAUUAAAAGGAACUUGUCAUGCGAGGAGAUCGCUCGACCUCGGCGAUCCACCGCCACGCCUAGUCCUGCACCUGAAACUGCAAGUGAAAGGCUGCCACAGAACAUAGCAGCCUUUUUCAGACAGCCGGAGACCAAAUAUGCCAGAUAUGAUGUUGUCCCAUCGGAUGUCUGGGGCGAGUCUGGGACAAGAUCUGACUCUCCGCUGAGUAGAAGUUUCCCGACCGGAGCUCCUCCGCCGCUUCCUCCGAAAAACAUUCCAUCCAGAAGUUAUUGUUAUCCCUCAGACUGUGCUGUCAAUCUACCAAAUGGAAGAGCCACUCGCAGUUCCGCCCCCAUUUACUUGAACGUCCUGUCCCCCGCCUCCUACCGAGGCUCCCCGGCCCCCGAUCUGGACGACGUGUUCGGCCCUGGAGACAGCCCGCGCACCUACGAGGACACGCUCUCUCCAAGAUGGGUCACCUUUACGAACGAUCGACCUCCUCCACCGGACGAACCCGCUCCCCCGCCUCCUCCAGACUCUCCUGCUCCAGACACGCCGUCCUCCACGCCUUCCUCCCCCUGCCUUUCACCUGGACCCCCACCGAAUGAGCCUCCACCGUCACCUCCGCCCUUCUCCCCAGGGUCUCCUCCUCCUUUCUCACCACCAGACUCACCCAUCUCCAUGAUGCUCGGACCACCUCCUCCUGAUGAACCAGCACCUCCUCUCCCCCCGGAUUUCUCCUCCUCUGAUUCACCUCCGAUCUGCCUGGAUGAGGAGGCGAUAGACGAGGAGGUGCUUCAGUUCGCAGAGUUCUCUUUGUCCCCUGCUCCCAUAAGCCCUGUGCCUCCCCUGCCUGCUGAGCGGAAGUCGUCUCGGGUAGGAAUCACUUCUCCACUGGUUACUGGGGGCACUGGUGGGAAGAGGACUCCGGACGGUGCAUACCUGAAAGAUGACUUCCUAGACUUCACCGGAUCACCCCGAGAGCGGACACACAGCUUUAGGGGUACACCACCUCCACUCCCUCCAACCACCUACAGGUCUAUCAUGUCUUCCCCUGGACCUCACUCCGGCAGUGGCCCGACGUCUCCGGCUCGCUCUGUCACGCCACAGUCUCGAGGAAGCCCAGUCCCUCCUCCUCCUCCCCCGCGACCUUCAUCACGACCAAAGCUGCCCCCUGGAAAACCAAUCACGGACCUGUCUCGACCCUUCAGCCCUCCGGUGUCUGCUAGCCCUCCACCUUUCGCCCCUCUAGCCAGGGCAGAAAGCUCCUCCUCCAUUUCCUCCUUUACCUCACAGAGUGCGGCGUCCACUCCGACCCUCGGGAGGGAACUGAACUUGUCCAACACAGGAUGCUCCAGAGGCCCCAGCCCUCUCACCAUGGGACCCCAAGAUACUCUGCCAGUAGCUGCUGCCUUCACAGAGACAGUCAAUGCCUACUUCAAAGGGGCUGACCCCAGCAAAUGUGUGGUGAAGAUCACGGGGGAGAUGGUCCUGUCCUUCCCAGCGGGAAUCACCAGACAUUUCGCCAGCCACCCAACUCAACCAGUGCUCACCUUCAGCAUCAGCAACUACAACCAACUGUACCAGGUUCUCCCAAACCCACAGCUGCUCUGCUGUGAUGCUUCUGUGGAUGGUGUCGACACCAAGGAGUUCUGGGUGAAUAUGCCAAACUUGAUGAGCCAUUUGAAAAAGGUUGCAGAACAGAAGCCACAAGCAACAUACUACAACGUUGAUAUGAUCAAGUAUCAGGUGAGAGCUGAUGGGAUCCAGUCGACUCCUUUGAACCUGGCGCUCAGUUGGCGAGGGGAUAGCAACAACAACACAGAUCUCAGAAUAGACUACAAGUACAACACAGAGGCCAUGCUGGUCCCCACGCCGCUGCACAACAUCCAGUUCCUGGUGCCGGUGGAGGGAGGUCUGGCCAAGCCUCAGGCCAUGAUCCCGCCAGCUACUUGGAAUCCUGAGCAACAGACCAUACAGUGGAAGAUUUCCAGUCUGUCCCCGAGAUCAGAGAACGGAGGAGUGGGGGCUCUUUUGGGUCGCUUCCAAAUGACAGAAGGUCUAUGUAAACCCUCCCAGCUGGCGGUCCACUUCACCAGUGAAGGAAGCACACUGUCUGGCUGCGACAUCCAGCUGGUCGGGACCGGUUAUCGGCUCUCUCUGGUGAAGAAGAGAUUUGCUGCGGGGAGAUACUUGGCAGAUAACUAACCAAGAGGAACAAAGGCUUUGACUGUGAAGAUUCUGGAUCCAGGCUUGUCUUCUGCAGCCGUCCGUGGCCACGUGACUCCCAUAUUUACCACCAUGUUUUGCCCGUUGAACACUCACUUGUGUUGCACAUUCAUGGCCGAUUGUUUAGGAAAUAUUUUGCUGACUUAAAACGUGACAAAGCCUUAUUUUAGUGACUUGUAAAUCCUCUUGUUAUUGAUGGACUGAAGGGAAGUGAAACUAUAGACCUCAUUGGUUGUCUUAUUUUUAUUGACCAAAAAACCAAAUCAGAUCUGUUUUCGGAAAGACGCGGCAGGCUGGAGUAGGCACUAAGGAAUGUAAGGGUCAAUGUCGGGUGGAGGCAGAAUGACUGACACUAGAUGAAGCAUUUUUUUGUGUAUUCUUCAGCUCCCCUUCUUUGUGCCAAACUGUUGCUUUAGUACCUGGAGAAUCAUUCACGGCUUCUCUGGACUGCUCCCUUCUGCAGGUAGAUGUAAAGGAACUAUGAAAAGAGCUGCUAGUUUUAUGUUUAUAGAUUGGUUUUUAAAAAAACGUGGGAAAGUUUGGGAAUUCUUACCUAUAUAAAGAUGUAUUCAUGUGCUGACAAAUCAGGUUAUAAGGUCAUGAAAACACAAUUUAAAAUAAGCCACAUCAUUAGGUUCAAAUAUAUUGGCAUCAAUACUAUUUUGACCAGGCUUCUCAGUCAAUAAGCAAUUUGUCUAAAGCUGCUACUUUUAUCAGAACAGUUUAGGAUGUUUGCUCUGUUGUGGUAUGAAAUAAAAAAGGGCCUUAAGAUGCCAGACACGAGUGCCAUGUGGUGGUGAUGCGACUGUUUGACACGGGCUGUGGGGGUCGCCUAUUUAUUCAUGUUUUCAUUUCUCUUCCUUUCCGUCAUGCUGAAUAAAUGUUUCUUGUUUUAUAACAGCAAUAUAUAAACAAAGUUGUAAAUAGUGUAGAUACAAAGAUAUGUUUUAAUAUUUCUCUGGGAAUAUGGAUGUGUCCGUGGUUGUCUCUGUUGAUGUCAGCACUCAUUGGGUUGCGCCACUUCUCUGCAUCUGUUGUUUUACAUGUGAGUUGACCGUACAAAAACAGGUGUUGCUGUUAACUGAUGAUUUCAUAUUGUGCAGAAUCCAAUGCAACUUCACUUCCGCUGUUGUAAAAGAUCACAAUGUAUAAUUCUAUAACCAGAGGAGACUUUUUUUUUUUUUUUUUUGCCUUCACAUGCA